CCCAUCGUCCCUUUCGCUUUUCGAGUCCCGUGCGAAAAGCGACCCUGAGAGGAACAUCCGCCAAUAUGUCUGACAUUGAAUACAACGCCGAGGAGGCUGCUGAGAUCAAGAAGAGAAGACAGUUCCGCAAGUUCACCUACCGCGGCAUUGACCUCGACCAGCUCCUCGAUCUCUCCUCUGAACAGCUCCGUGAUGUCGUCCACGCCCGUGCCCGCCGCAGGUUCAACCGUGGCCUGAAGCGCAAGCCCAUGGGCCUGAUCAAGAAGCUCCGCAAGGCCAAGCAGGAGGCCAAGCCCAACGAGAAGCCCGACCUCGUCAAGACCCACCUCCGUGACAUGAUCAUUGUUCCCGAGAUGAUCGGCAGUGUCGUCGGUAUCUACUCCGGAAAGGAGUUCAACCAAGUCGAAAUUAAGCCCGAGAUGGUUGGCCACUACCUGGGAGAAUUCUCCAUCACCUACAAGCCCGUCAAGCACGGUCGUCCCGGUAUUGGUGCCACCCACUCUUCUCGUUUCAUUCCCCUCAAGUAAAGAAGAAAAGCUUUUCCGGGGUGUUGCGUGGAGGAUUUGGGCGUACGGAUGUGCAGGAAGGACGAAAACAAAAACACAAGAAAAUUGGAUGGAUACCAUUUGCGUUUAUACUGGGUUCAUCUGCUUGUAUGUCAAAUGCGGGUCAGCUGUUUUACAUCUCAAUACAAUGGUCUUGUCGGCAUGAAAAUGAAACAAAUUUCACACACACACACACACACAAACACAAACAGAUCCCUAGACCCUGGAUGAUGAAGAGCUCUAUCUGUCCUCGGUUCAUUUGGACUGGAGACAAC